AACUUUCGCCUCAUAUAUUUUUCGAUUUAAUUGCCGAGGUAAUUUUAUAUGUCUUAUUGCUUUUACUUUUUGUAACUUUCUAAUAAUUGUUUACCGUGUUUUUUUAACCAGGUUGUAAUGGUCUAUCCUACAGAGAACGCCGUGGAUCUUUAUGUCACCGAUUUCACCGAGAACAAACGUCUUGGCAAUCGAGAAUAUAGGACGAAUACUCCUUAUGGCCUUCCUAAUGAAAGCAUUUUGCAAAUCACAUUAUGGGAUGAACAUGCUGAAGAUGGUGAAGAUCUUCAGAUCGGAACAUUUGUUCUGUUGCAAAAUCUGCAUGCGAAAAUUAAUACAAAUGGCGAUCUAGUGGCCGCUUUACAUGGUGAUAGAGAACUCAGAAGAAAAAAAAUCAAUGUAUUAGACAAAAAUGAUGUUGAGAUUGCCAAGCUUAUUCGUCGAAGGAAUGCAUAUUAUGAAGAGCAUCAGAAUUCUUUAGAAUAUCACGAAAGAGACUCUUCCCCUGAGCUUGAAUCUGACACAACGGAACAAUCAAUAACGAAUGAUAUAAAAGAUUGUCCAGAGCCUGUAGGUUUGUUUCGAACUCGUGGCCGUGUAAUUUCUGUUAUUCCCUCCAAUUUUGAAGACUUUUCUCGACCAUACUGUCAUAGAUGCAAUAAAAUAAUGAAUUUUGCAGAGUACGAAAAUUGUACGCAAUGUUUUAAAAAAUUAAAAGUAUUUAAAUACGAUUUUGGUUUAUUAUUUGAGGAUGAGCUUGGUGCGGGAACUCUUCCGGUAUUAAUAACAAACGAAGAUGCGAAUACAUUUUUGGACGGAUUGCCUCCAGUAAAUCUUUAUAAGAAUCCAAUGUUUCUUCAAAAGUUAAAAGAUCGAAUGCACAAACUGUUGGGUAAUGUCUUAAAGAGUCAAGCAAGUUGUGGGCCUUUAAUAGAUUUUUGUGUAAUGUCUUAUGAGGUGGAAGAUGAAUGCAAUAAGUUUAUAAGGAUAUACAAAAUGUUUGAUACCAUAUUAGAAGACUAAUAAAUGUUAUUUCCAUUAUAAAGAAUCUAUACUAAUAAUUAAUGGUUGAAAACAUUUUUAUUAAAAAUUUCUACGUUAAAAAUCAAAUUUCUAUUUUAGAUUCGAGUUUGCUAUAAUGCUAACAGUUUUUAUUACACGGUUAAAAUCGAUGAAUAACAAAAAAUUUAAGGCCU